AUUGUAAACAAUGCUAUUCGCAAAAAACGCUGUGCACUGUAUCGACGUUCUAUAUGUUUUAGUGAAAAUAAACAUUAAUGGCAAUGAGUUACUAUAAAUUUUUAAAAGGAAAAAAGAAAAAUACUUCUAAUGAUGACUCACAGGGACCUUCGAUGAUGUACGCCUGGCAGAAGCUGUACCAGAUGCUGUUCGCGACCUUGCUCUUCGUGGGACUGAACGGCAAAGAGGCAGAAAAACGGUCGAGACUUUGCACCAAAGCUGUCAUCAUCCUCCUCCUGCCGUGGUUUCUCUUGGGCAUCCUCCUCCUCAUGCUGUAUUUCGACGUCCAUCUCCUGAUUGUCACCGUGAGUCUUAUGGGUUUUCGCAUUCUGUACCUUCAGUCAAAGGCCAAAGCAAGCAACGUGACUGACAGCAAAUAUAAGGACUUCAGACGAAGGGAGAUAACCGUCGACAUGAACGCCAACGUCCUGUACAAUAUAUCCGACGAGGAGGACCUGACGGACGCGAGUUCUGAGGGGGACUAUAAUGAGGACGACUCCUUUUACGAAUCCUGCUGCUCGUACUUGGACUGAGGUCUUGGUGAAUGUGCGUUUAGGCGUUGUUUGGUAGUGUUAAUAAAUGCGUGUUUUAUUUGAGAUUUUUUUUUUUUCGUGAUUAUUGAUAGGAUUAUUAUUAACCCCUUUGCCCCGUAUUUAUGUUCUGUCCCCUGUAGUUUUUGGUGAAUUUUGUUACAUACAGAUGGCUCCACAUGUGCUCAGCCAGCAAGGAGUCUAUCAGUAGGCCCUAGUUACCGAUCCUGAUUUCCCCAUUCCU